AUGGCGAUCCAGCCACAUUCUUCUCUUGAGCUUGAGAUAUGGAAUGACUUGAACAGGAAAGUAGUGAUGGUGACCGGAGCUUCGUCGGUGCUCGGCCGUGAGCUUUGUCUCGAUCUUACCAAAGCUGGAUGCAAAAUCUUCGCUGCACGUCGUAACAAUAGACUCCAAUCUCUAUGUGAUGAAAUAAUUUGACUCGAUUUCUUAGUUUCGUCGUCAUCGUUGACCUACCGAGUAGUGGCUGUGACACUUGAUGUUAGCGCGGAUGGAAAAAUUAUCGAGAAGGGCAUCAGAAAAGCUUGGGACUCAUUUGGUUUUAUUGACACUUUAGUCAACAACGCUGGUAUGAGAGGGCCUAUAAAGUUCCCUCUAGAUUUGUCCGAGGAAGAAUGGGAUCAAACCAUGAGAACAAAUCUUAAGGGACCGUGGUUGAUAUCAAAGUAUGUAUCCAUACACAUGCGUGACGCUAAUCGAGGUGGAUCUAUCAUCAAUAUUUCUUCAAUGAUUGGUCUUAAUAGAGCACUACAAUGGGGUGCCCUUGCUUAUACUAUUUCAAAGGCGGGCUUAAACACUUUGACAAAGAUAAUGGCGAUGGAGUUAGGAUCUCACAAAAUUAGAGUGAAUUCUAUAUGUCCUGGACUCUUUAAAUAUGAAAUUACAAAAGAUCUCGUGCAAAAAGAUUGGAUUAAUAUGGUUGUAAUGAGAAUGGUUUCUUUAAAAAUAUCUGGAACUAUAGACCGUGCAUUAGCAACCGUCGCUCGAUACUUGGUGCACGACUCUUUUAAGUAUGUUUCCAGUAACAUUUUCGUUGUUAAUGCAGGUAGUUCUUUACCUGGAGUCCCACUUUGGUCAUCUCUUUGA